AGGAAGGGGCACCUGGAGGAGUGCUCCUGCCCGGCGCUUCGCUCUGCCCCCGCCCCGCUGACCCAGUUCCUUGGACCUUGAGGAGGGGAGUAAGGGAUAUGCUCCCCUGCUCAGCCCUGCGCAUUUCCUCAGUCCCUUCCCACACACUUGUUCUCUGGCUCCUCAGCCUGGGGCAGAAGAGGCUGAUCUGGGAAGGGGGGGCACCAACUUACAGGAACAUGCAUGACACACUGCUGAGGACAGACACAGGUCCCCUCACGAUCCCCGAUACAUUCUUCUCCUUGUGACAGGUGCAAAAUCCCUCAACAUGCAUAUAGAAUUCACAUACAGACAUGCAUAGAAACGCACAGGGUUUCUGCGGUGCAGAACCCAAGACCCACAUCAUGUGUGAACAAACGCAUUCAACAUGCACCCAUACUCAUGUGCACGGAGCUUCAUGUACCUCCAUGCACAAGGAACCCUCGUCACCCUGUGUCACUGGUAUCUCCAACCUCAGGAGUCAAUUGCACACGCCCCUACAUCUGUGCCUAGGACUGCCCAGCUACUUCCCCUCCAUUGAUUGUCCUCAGCCUCACACUGUAAUCCCUGCCCCGAGAGAACCUUUUGAAACCAGAUAAAAGGUGGGACUUGGCUCGUCUGCCAUGGGCAAGCAGAACAGCAAGCUGCGGCCUGAGAUGCUGCAGGAUCUGCGUGAGAACACGGAGUUCUCGGAGCUGGAGCUGCAGGAGUGGUACAAGGGCUUCCUCAAGGACUGCCCCACCGGCAUCCUCAACGUGGAUGAGUUCAAGAAGAUCUACGCCAACUUCUUCCCCUAUGGCGACGCCUCCAAGUUCGCCGAGCACGUCUUCCGCACCUUCGACACCAACAGCGACGGCACCAUCGACUUCCGGGAGUUCAUCAUCGCUCUGAGCGUGACCUCGCGUGGCCGCCUGGAGCAGAAGCUCAUGUGGGCCUUCAGCAUGUACGACCUGGACGGCAACGGCUACAUCAGCCGGGAGGAGAUGCUGGAGAUUGUGCAGGCCAUUUACAAGAUGGUUUCGUCCGUGAUGAAGAUGCCCGAGGACGAAUCGACCCCGGAAAAGAGGACUGAGAAAAUCUUCCGCCAAAUGGACACAAACAAUGACGGCAAGCUGUCGCUGGAGGAGUUCAUCCGUGGGGCCAAAAGCGACCCAUCGAUCGUGCGCCUGCUGCAGUGCGACCCCAGCAGCGCCUCCCAGUUCUGAGCUGGGGAGGAACCAGCUCGCCGCCUCCCUGCCUUCACCGGCCCUCUGCUUCCUCUCCCUCGUGUCUGUCCAAGCUGGGGGCCAGACUAGGGACCCCCUUCUGGGGUAUGCACUGUGGGAGGCCUCUGGAGAAGCAAACCCUGCAAGGAAGGGGCUAAGCAAGACAGCCGUUAGGACCCACGGCCCAUGAGGCAGAAUCUUCCUUAGUGGGACUGAGAUGACUCUGGUUUUUUUCUGUCCCUGUUCCGUAUUCUUUAUUCAGACGGUUGGAUCACCUUCUACCAACCCACAGACCUGAGGCCCUUCUACAACACGGGGGUUGGGGGACAUUCCCUUUGGGUGACCCUUAGCCUGGAGGGAGGUGGAGAGGUGCCCAGGUGAAGUCUUUUGGUUUGGUGGGGGAGAUAUAGCAGAUUCUUGGGCUGUGGGGCUUUGAGGAAAUUCCCUGAUGUAAUUCCCUGCAGAAUACUUCCUGUCCUAGCUCUUGGUGGCUAGAGACCAUGGUAAAAAAAGAUCUCCCAGGGUUCCAACUGGGGGGU